AUGUCUUCCAAAUCUUCGCCUUCUUCCGAGACUCAGAGCAGCAGUCCUUCAGGUCAGAACUCCAGCUCUGCCUCUCCGUCAAACAGCAAGGAGAUCUCGUCGUCUCCGAAUCCCGAUGUCGAACUCAAGACCAUGCGGCCGGAUGCGCCGAAGGGCUCGAUCCCCCUUGGGGAGGAUAUCAUGCAGCUGGCGCGGAUUGGAGAGAUUCCCGCUAUGCAGAAUCUGUUUGCGACCAAGAAACUCACCGCAAAUCACCGUGACGAGGAAGGGAUCACGCCGCUACACUGGGCUGCGAUCAACAACCAAUAUGCGAUGUGCAAGUUUCUUCUGGAUAACGGCGCAGACGUCAACGCCAAGGGCGGAGAGUCAGUAGCCACACCCGCCAUGUGGGCGGCACAGCGGUGUCACUAUUAUAUCGUCAAUCUUUUGCUUCAGAACGGCGCGGAUCCCCUUUUGACCGAUGUACAAGGGUACAAUAUCCUUCAUUUGGCGACCAUCGACGGAAAUGCAUUCCUCCUCGUCCUGCUGCUCCACCAAGAGAUCCCGGUGGACGUGGUCGAUCAACAAGGUCAUACUGGGUUGAUGUGGGCCGCAUACAAGGGCUACCCGGCCUGUGUGGAUUUGUUCCUACGAUGGGGUGCUAAUGCCAAUGCGGUCGAUGAGGGAGGAUUGACGCCCCUUCACUGGGCAUUGGUCAAGGGCUCACUGCCGUCCGUUCUCAAAUUGUUGGAAUACGGAGCGGAUCGAUUCACCAAGACUCGAGAUGGCAAGUCGCCGAGCACUGUCGCACAGGAAAUGAACACGUCGCGGAUCUGGUUUCGCGCUCUAGCGGAGCGUGGCUUCGAGCCCGAUGGAUCGCAGAAAGCGGUGCCGAUGGGGUUGACAAGCUUUGUUCGCAACAAGAGUGUGAUGGCCAAGUUUUUCUUCCUCUGGCCGUUCCUUACCAUCCUAAUUGGCAUCUGGAUGCUAAGCCAUCUGGUAAUCUUUAUUGGUGUUCCGCUCACCCUAGUGACUUUGUUUGGCAUGCAAUGGAUCGCGCAGCAGCUCGCGAACCGAGGCCCCUCGGAAUAUCGCAUUCUACAAAAGACGCCCUAUCUGGCUGGUGUGUUCGCCGCGACACUUUUCUGGGUUGGAUUCCGUUACGUCUUUCAAGUACUCCCAGCGACUUAUUCUUCGGCACCGAUAUUAAAUAUCUUGUUUGCGGUCUUCUACAGUUUGACCACCUACUUCUACAUCUCCGCCAUGAUCGGAGAUCCCGGCUAUGUCCCAAAAAUCAGCAGCCGAAAUCAGCAAAGAGAAGCGGUCAAACAGCUGUUUGAGCUGUGGAAAUUUGAUGAGGAGAAUUUCUGUGUACCCUGCAUGUCAAGAAAACCACUCCGCAGCCGGCAUUGUCGCCGUUGUGGCCGCUGCGUGGCGAAGCAUGACCACCACUGCCCUUGGAUUGACAAUUGUGUUGGAGCAAACAAUCUCCGUCACUUUGUGCUCUAUAUCAUCUGUCUUGAAAUCGGCAUUAUUCUGUUUGUGCAGCUUACUAUUGGCUAUAUCAAUCACCUACCACCAAUUGCCAAUGCCAAGUGCAAUGUCAUCAAUGAUACGCUGUGUGACUAUGUGACUCGCGACACUUUUACCCUGGUCCUCAACAUCUGGAUCACUCUGCAGCUAGUCUGGGUCACAAUGCUGUGUGCUGUCCAGCUUGUCCAGAUCUCGCGCAAUCAGACCACAUAUGAGAAUAUGAGAGGCCAUCAUAUCGACCGCUCCUACCCUAGCUCGCAAGCCUUCGCCUCGGCCAUGACUGCGGGCACAACCUCACUCGAAGGGGCUGGUCUUUCGGCCGCGGGACAGGGGCCGAACCCGGCUCUUGCCCAUUCCACUCCUCCACGGCGGCGACAUGGCUGUGUCCAGCAGUGGUCAUCUCUGCUGGGCAUCGAUACCUUCUUUGCGACGGCCCGUGAUGGACUCCGUGAUGGGCCCCAGGCGGCACGCCCUCGCAAUCCCUUCUCUCGCGGUGUGGCGACCAACUGCCGUGAUUUCUGGUGUGACCCGGCCCCGAUCUUCGGCAAGCGUGAGCCUGGCUCCGCGAUGCUCGGAGGAGAGGUGAUCAGCUACUAUGAUAUGUAUGAAACUCCCCUCCGCAUGCAUACAGGGAGUCGAUCUGGCGAUGGAGGCGCCUACCGCAGCGUGGCGGGUGAAGACCCUGAACAUAUGGUCUGA